AUGAGCACAGUCGAUCCCGGCAUAGGCGAAAGCGUGUCGCGCGCCGCCGAAGAUAUGGAACCAGAUCACAGAAAAGACGGAUUUGCGCAAGAGACGGACGAUGACUACGUGCAACCGAAUGAAUGGUGGUUUGCUUCAGCGCUCUGUCCGCUGUUGGGAGCAACGUUUGGACCAGUCGCGAACGGAUUCAGUAUAUGCGCACUGGUGUACCCAUGGCGAGCAUACAUUCCUCCAGGCAAGGAGGCGGCGGAUGGCAUCAAGAUGGAGGAUCCAAGGUGGUUAAUUGCUGUGAACGCGGUUUCACUGGCUUUCGCACUGAUAGGAAAUGGAGCGCUUCUACUAAACAUGGCUCGCCGCGUCAAGUUUUCCAUCGCCCAGCCUACAACCAUCACCGGCUACUUCGCAGCAGGCAUUCUCCUCAUCGCCGAUACUUCAGCACUCGCUUCAGCACCCAAUUACUACAUUACGGAUUCGAGAGCGCUUCCUGCAGCGAAUCACGCUCUCACCAGCGCUUACUACUACGCCAUCAUGGCGGCGUCCAUCUAUAUGAUUAUUGGUGCUCUUAUGUGCCUCACGGUCUACGGCGCGCUUGCCGGGCGAUACAAGAAGGAAUUCAAUCUGGGACCGGCACAACGGACUCUAAUGCUACAGACGAUGUCGUUCAUCGGGUAUGAGCUGCUUGGCGCGCUGGUUUUCAGCAAGGUCGAAGGGUGGAAAUAUCUCGAUGCAGUCUAUUGGUCACAGGUGACCCUGCUCACGAUCGGCUUGGGCGACUUCUCACCGCAGUCUAAUGUUGGGCGCGGUCUCCUGUUUCCAUUUGCAAUCGGCGGAAUUCUGAUGGUCGGUCUAGUAGUUGGCUCCAUACGGUCACUGGUUUUGGAGCGCGGACAGGAGAAAAUGGCCGCACGGAUCACAGAAAAGCGUCGGGAGACUGCUGUCAAUAACGUUGACGAGCGGAAACAGACGAUUAAAAUCUCAUGGCUCGCACAAGCCGAUUUUAGCACAGAUCCGUCCUUGACACCGGCCCAGCGACGAGAGGAAGAGUUCAGUAUCAUGCGAAAGGUACAAGCCACCGCCGAAAGAGAGCGUCGCUAUUUUGCGCUCUGCAUGUCCCUGUCAUUCGCUUUGAUGCUCUGGUUCGUGGGAGCGGCGGUUUUCAUGGUUUGUGAACGCGAGCAGGGGUGGACAUACUUUACUUCGUUGUACUUCGCAUUCACAGGGCUCCUCACUAUUGGGUACGGCGACGAAACACCUGCCAGUAAUGCCGGCAAGGCGUUCUUUGUCAUCUGGUCACUUCUGGCUGUUCCUUCCCUGACGAUCCUCAUCUCCAACAUGGGCGACACUAUCGUCAAAUGGUUCACGGACAUUACCGAGGCUGUUGCGCAGCUUACUGUUCUUCCGGGAGAAGAGGGUUUCCGAAUAAGUCUUAAGAAUGUCAUGAGCCAGCUCUCCAUGACCGCACCGGGCAUUUUGGGCGAGACGAAACGGAAGGGUAUGUAUCUCACGCGCACAGGUGCAUCAGCACCAUGGAGAGGCUUGUUUACGGCGGACUCUCGACUCGACGGCCACAAACACCGCGAACAGAUCAUGACUAGGCUCGCCACGAGGCUUGAGCAGCACAUCGAAGAAGAGGAGCUCCAGGAUGCAUUACAAGCAGAUUCCACUGGCGACCCGCGCGAGCGCGACAUCCACUUCUACCAUUACGUUCUUUCCAGGGAGCUGAGGAGCGUUCAGAAGGACCUAAAUGAUUCACCGCCGAAGAAAUAUACAUGGGGAGAGUGGGAAUAUUAUCUCCGACUUGUGGGGAAUGUGGAAGACAAUACGACCGAUGAGUUUCCUGGUCAGAAUUUCCCUGAUACGCUGGUUCCCCAGCAGCUGCGCGCGCCGCAACAUGCCUUCGAACCGUCUUCGUCAAAAGGACUUCAUGCGGGAUCUGAUAGUGAUGGUAUGGAUGCGGAUAAAGACGGUGUAGUAGAUCGCGUGACGGACCGUAAAGAGAGGCUGUACUGGGACCCCAAGCCGAAGGAAACCAAGAAGGCACGCAUACUCAAGACACACGACACGGCAGCAUCACUCGGAGCCUGGUCCUGGCUAUCAGACGAGAGCCCUCUCAUGAGCUCAAAGACCGAAUCACAAUGGAUCUUGGAACGUCUAUCGGCUGCACUUGUCCGGGAACUCAAUCGGGCGCGAAAGGGCUACAAGAAGAAACCGCCUAUCAGCAUGGAUCAUAUUACCAAGGCUCGACGGUUGAAUGAGGAGGCGGGUAAGGCGCAUGAGAAGGGGGAAUAUGGUCGGGAGCAUGGUAUUAGACGUCAGGCUGGGGAUCCGGAGGCGCGUUAUGCUAUGGGUGAGAAAUGA